GAGAGGGGGCGUGCAAAGCUCCAACGGUCCGCCCGCUCAGAACCGGUGCCCGACCGGGGUAGCCCCUCUGUCCCACUCUGGGAGCAAUGCCCUCCGCGCCUCGUGCCCCCCGGGAACGACAUGAGCAUGGAGAAGUCGAGUAGUGAGGAUUCUUCGAUCCACCGGAGUCCAUCUUUGGACAGCAAGGACUCGGACUUUGCCAAGCCGUCCACCUCUGGCCGCCCGUUCGGCCGCGGCUUCACGGCUGGCGCCUUCUACGGCACCGCGGGUUCUCGGGGUCAGAGCCACACGGAGGCCGGCGUUAAGACUGAUAAGUACAAUGCACCCAAAGGCAGCAAGUACGUGGUGUUUUACCUGGACCUGUCCUUUGUGUUCCUCCUAGAAUUUAAGAAGUGCAACAUGGCCAGGGGCUGCCUCUGCUGCUUGAAGUACAUGAUGUUCCUCUUCAAUUUGAUAUUCUGGCUCUGUGGCUGUGGACUGCUUGGAGUGGGCAUCUGGCUGUCCGUGUCCCAAGGCAACUUUGCCACCUUCUCCCCCAGUUUCCCCUCACUGUCUGCAGCCAACCUUGUCAUCGCCAUAGGCACCAUUGUCAUGGUGACAGGCUUCCUGGGCUGCCUUGGGGCCAUCAAGGAAAACAAGUGUUUGCUCCUCAGUUUCUUCAUUGUGCUGUUGGCCAUCCUCCUGGCAGAGCUGAUCCUGCUCAUCCUCUUCUUUGUCUACAUGGACAAGGUGAACGAGAAUGCCAAGCAGGAUCUGAAAGAGGGGCUGCUGCUGUACAACACGGAGAACAACGUGGGGCUCAAGAACGCCUGGAAUAUCAUCCAGGCUGAGAUGCAGUGUUGUGGGGUCACUGAUUACACAGACUGGUACCCAGUGCUGGGGGAGAACACAGUUCCUGACCGCUGCUGCAUGGAGAACUCCCAGGGAUGUGGGCGCAACACCACCACCCCCUUGUGGAGUAUGGGCUGCUAUGAGAUGGUCAAGCAGUGGUUCGACAAGAACAAGCACGUGCUGGGCACAGUAGGAAUGUGCAUCCUCAUCAUGCAGAUCCUGGGAAUGGCCUUUUCCAUGACUCUGUUCCAGCACAUCCACCGGACUGGUAAAAAGUAUGAUGCCUGAGCGUUUGGCAGCGCCUGGCCCCACCGGGACACUGUAUGUGCCCUGGAGAGGACCUGAGUCUGUGUCUCCUGUCUGCCCUUCGGCGGCCACCCUGCCCCGUCUGCCAGCCUGCCCUCCCCUGCCUACGUCCUUGGCCUUGGACCUUUUGGAGGGUAGAAGCCCAGGGAGGAGGCAUCAUCACGCAGAGAACUCAGGGCUCGGGCUCCUGGAUUCCUGCACCUGCAUAUUUGCCAAAGACGCCAGAGUGGGCAGGGUGUCAAGGAGGAAGCCCCGGCACUGUGGGCUUCUGACCCUGCCCUUCCUCACACUGACACUUGUCCCUGUGUGGGGUGGAGAGUCUGCCCCACCAAGGCCACUGCCGUCCAUGGCUGCCCAGCCAGAGAGCCGAGCAGGGUGCAAUGAGGCACCGCCAGGUCAGGCCCCCUGGAGGCUCUGCCCGGGUUUUAUACUAAUAGUGUAACUUUUUUAUUUUACUCGGAUUAUCGUUAUUCAGGAAUAUUCUCUCUCAGAUAAGUUUAGGGUUAGCCUUCUGAUUUAUAACUUUUUACUGUGUUGAUUU